UAAGCGAAUUUCGUCAGAAAUAACGGAAGAAGGCUCGUUGUGCCGGUUUUUGAGUGUUCGGAGGUUGACUAUCUAGACAUAGACCAACACAUGGUCAUGGAUUCAAGCAAACAUGCUGACUGUUUUGAUGGGUUUCAAGGGGAAUUUAAAUCCUUCGCGACAGAUGCUAUCCACGUGGGUCAGGAACCGGAGCAAUGGAACUCUAUGGCAGUAGUUCCACCUAUUUCGUUGUCAACUACGUUUAAACAAUUUGGACCUGGAAACCAUACUGGAUUCGAAUACAGUCGAAGUGGAAACCCAACCCGGAACUGCCUGGAGAAAGCAGUGGCUGCCCUAGAUGGAGCCAAGUAUUGUCUUGCAUUUGCAUCAGGACUGGCUGCUACAACGACAAUCACACACUUGUUGAAGGCCGGCGAUGGGAUUGUUUGCAUGAAUGAUGUAUAUGGAGGAACAAACCGCUAUUUCCGAAGAAUUGCUGCAGAGAAUGGCCUGGAUAUAUCCUUUGCAGACUGCACACAGCAUGAUGUCCUAAAGGCAGCUCUUAAAGCAAACACAAAGUUGCUCUGGAUUGAGACGCCUACCAACCCCACCAUGAAAGUAGUAGACAUCCAGACCUGUUCAGAGAUUGCUCAUGAAUACAACAAAGACAUUGUUGUAGUUGUGGACAACACUUUUAUGUCUGCAUACUUUCAGCGCCCCUUGGCUCUUGGAGCAGAUAUCUGCAUGUACUCAGCAACUAAGUACAUGAAUGGCCACAGUGAUGUCGUCAUGGGCUUGGUGUCAGUGAUUCGAGAAGACCUACAUGAACGCCUGAGAUUUUUACAGAAUGCCAUUGGUGCAGUGCCAUCCCCCUUCGACUGCUACCUCUGUAACCGUGGCCUGAAGACCCUUCACCUGCGAAUGAGGCAGCACUUCAGGAGCGCCCUGACCGUGGCCAAGUUCCUGGAGGCUGACGAGAGGGUGGACAGAGUCAUCUUCCCAGGGUUGCCUUCACACCCCCAGUACGAGCUGGUGAAGAGGCAGUGCACAGGCUGCCCCGGAAUGAUCACCUUCUAUAUCAAAGGAAAGCUGGAGAACGCCUCGACCUUUCUCAGCAACCUGAAGCUGUUUGCACUUGCAGAGAGUCUCGGAGGUUAUGAAAGCUUGGCGGAACAUCCCGCGAUCAUGACGCACGCCUCUGUUCCCGAGAACGAGAGGGCCGCGCUGGGCAUCAGCGACACGCUCGUCCGUCUGUCCGUCGGGCUGGAGGAUGUAGAGGACAUCGUCGCCGACGUGGACCAGGCCCUACGCGCGGCUCACGCAGAGAAGAACUGAGCCCUGGAGAUGAUUGUGGAUCAGGAAUGGCCUCUCACCACUAUCGAAGCUCCUAUCUGAGGUCCGCACAGAUACAAAGAGAAAUGGGCGCUAGCUCACCAUUCACAUAAUAUGCACAUACGACGAAUCAGGGAAGCGGUUCUUAAUAACGCUGUGCCUGCCCAGAGUCACGGCUUUUAUUGAAAUUGUUCUGCUGCUGAAGGUUCAUCAGGAAUAACAUUUGCUGUCUUAUUGCUGUUUUAGGUGUGAGAAUAGCCAGUGAAGGGAAAGUGCCUGGGCAACAUGCAGAUUUCAGUUUUCUUAGUGUUUACGCUUUUUAAUGGAAUGCUGGAGUAUGAAGUAUAGGUCUGACCAAAAAAUUAUUUAAUUUUUAAAUUUCGACCGAUAAUCUGGAUCUCCACAUGGCUUCAAUGCAUCGCUUUACAGCUGUAUUUUUCUUUUCUUUUUUUCUUUUGUUUUCUUAACAACAUCUGAAGAAAUGGCUUAAUUUACAUUAAGGAACGAUUACCCGAAUUACCAGCAUUACUGGUAUAUACUGCUUAAUUUGCCUGAGCUUGUACUUUGCCUAUACAAGGUUGCUGAUCAUUGAAGUGUGUGCAAAGCCAUUAAAACAUAACUGACCUAAAUCUUCAAA